AUGUGUUCCAGGUUUUCUUCAACAUCUUUGAAGUGCUUAUUGUGCUCACAAAAUAGACAUUGUUCCAGUGGAAUAUCGACUCUGUUGCGUAGCUUUUCUUGCAUUACUCUUUCCGCCAUUUCUUCCUCGGUCAACUGUUCAGGCUCCUCCUUCUUAGGUUCUUCCUUUUCCUUGUUCUCCUCAUUUUCUUGCAAAGAGAGCUUGCUUAGGUCGGGAGUAUUUCCCUCUUGGCUCUUUUGCAUGUUUUCAAGCAUAUUAGCCCUGGCAAUUUCCAACAGUUUCUUUUUCUUUUCGAGCAAUGCUUGCUUUUCCCUUCUUUUCAACUCCUUUUUGGUAACAGGUUUCUCCUUUUCAGCAGACUUACUAGUACUGGCAGCAGCUGCAGACACUUUGGAGUCAAAUGUCUCAAAUGAUAUUGGUGGCAAUUGUGCAACACGUCUUUUCAAAUUGUAG